GGAAUCCGGUAGAGCAUGGCUACCCUGCGAAGGUUGCGGGAGGUGCCGCGGCACUUGCUGGUCUGUGAGAAAUCCAACUUCGGUCACGACAAGUCGCGCCACCAGCGCCUCGUGGAGACGCACUACUAUAAUUACAGGGUUUCAUUUCUGAUUCCUGAAUGUGGGAUACUAUCAAAAGAGCUGAAGAGCCUGGUCAUGGGAACUGGACCCUAUUACUUUGUGAAGAAUUUACCUCUUCAUGAAUUAAUUUCACACGAGUUCAUCAACACCUUUGUAAAGAAAGGUGCGUGCUAUGCACUAACAUACAAUACAAAUAUUGAUGAAGAUAAUACUGUUGCCCUACUACCAAAUGGGAAAUUAAUUUUAUCACUGGAUAAAGACACUUAUGAAGAAACUGGACUUCAAGGUCGUCCAUCUCAGUAUUCUGGCAGAAAAAUCAUGAAAUUUAUUAUUUCCAUUGAUUUGAUGGAUUUGUCCUUUAACCCGGAUUCCAAGAACUGUAAAAGAACAUCUUGGUCCUUCAAAGAAAAGAAGCCAUUGAAAUUUGAUUUUCUUUUGGCUUGGCAUCCUACAGGUGCAGAAGAAUCAACGAUGAUGUCAUACUUUUCCAGUUACCAAAUUCAGGAGCACCAGCCAGAAAUAGCCCUGAGCACACUGAUGGACCUGCCGUGCCCAGUGCUGCAGAGCCACGCGCUCCAGGGGGUGCCUGAGGCGGCCUGCAGUGCCCAGGAGCUCUUCGACUGGCUGGGAGCCGUCUUCAGUCACGUCAACCUAAAUAAUGAGCCUAAUAAUUUCAUAUCAACCUAUUGCUGCCCUCAGCCAAGCACAGUGGUGUCAAAAGCUUAUUUAUGUACAGUCACUGGCUUCCUACUUCCAGAGAAGAUCAGUCUCUUACUGGAACAGCUGCGUCGCUACUUCAAUGAACCAAAGUUAGCUCCUUGGGUUUCCUUGUCUGUUCAAGGAUUUGCAGACAGCCCUGUUUCUUGGAGAGAAAAUGAACAUGGUUUUCGAAAAGGAGGAGAACAUUUGUACAACUUUGUGAUUUUUAAUAAUCAGGACUAUUGGCUUCAGAUGGCUGUUGGGGCAAAUGAUGACUGUCCAACAUAAAAACAAUAAAUAAAUAAAUUUAAAAUAAUGUUCUUUUUUUAAUGAUUGUUCUCAAAUUUCUUAAUGAUAAUAGGGCUGUGUGUUUACUCAGGCUUAUAUGAUGAUGAUCAUUUCUAAUAUAAUCUCUUAUAUCAGCAUCAGCUACCCUUCUGCUCUGGACAUAGGGCCUGUCUUGUGACUAUACCUGGGCUUGUCAUCCAGUGCCUCUCAGUAUGAACCCAGAGGGUGGUUUACUACAUCAUUGGGGUUGGGAAGGGGCCUGGAUGGCCACAGGACCAGGUAUCAUUGGACAAUUAGGUAAGGUAGGUAGUGUUACGCAGGAUGAAAAUGUUUCAACAUUUUCAGAUAAUAAGAAAACCUUAUACAUACCCAGGCUAGGCCUUGUUUUAAGUUGUGUUCAUAUAUUAAGUCAUUUAUUUCUGUGGCACAGAGUUGAAGCAAGCUACCCAAGGUCAGACUGCUAGUGGAUCUGAGAGUUGAUCUCAGGCCAAGCUGGUUCGUAAGUGUGUUUUUACUAUCUCUGGGUCAGGGAGGGAUAUGUUGAUACUGUAAAUUGUUGAAGAGCAAGUUGAAAGAAUUUUAUUUCCAACAGUAUGUCUGAUUAGAUAUAAGGACCAACUGAAAACUAAAAUUUCUGCAGUAUAUAUCAAGAACGAUUUUUUAAAAUGUAUGAAUGAGCUGUAAAAUAAGAAUUCUCAAAGGCAAAAAUAAAACGAAAAUGUGAAAGUAGAAGCCCAGAGGUGCAUGUAGGGCACUGAUGCCACUUUUUACCCUUAGGACAAUUGCCAAAUGUCAAGUUGAACUUUGCUUUUCAAAAAAGCCUUGGAUGGGGAAGGGACGAUAAACAGUAGACAGAGCUUAAGGCCUGCUUAAAGUAGGAAGACUGUAGGAGACUUCAUAAAGUUGGGAUCCCAAAACGGAGAGAUUUAGUGUGAAAAUGAACUAUGAGUAAACCUCCUUCUCCAUUCCACCUUCCUCCCCAGGAACAACAAGGAAGAUUGUCCCGAGGGCAGCCCAUAAGCUGUGUAGUCUUAAAAGUGUCAGCUUGAAAUUUAGUUUAAAGUGAUACCAGGUUUUUAGUACCUUCUAGGUGACUGGAAAAAGCAAAAUAGACUCUUUUUGAAGGAACUCAGAGAUAGUUUCAAGGAAUGAUUACACAGUCAAAAAUCACAAACAAAAUAGGCAUCAUGAGCGAGAACCAGCAAAAACAAAGCAGAAGCAGGCCUACAAAGACUUAAGAUAUGAGAAUUACCAAACACAAUAUGAAGUAUUUUUAUAGUUAAAGAAAUAGGAGAAUUAAAGAACAUGAAUAUAAAAGUGACCAAGCAGAUUGGGAAAUACACCAAAUGAAAAUGAAAGUACCAAAUGAAAAAUAUCAAAAUUGAAAUUAAAAGUGCAGUGGAUUGGUUUAACAACAGACUAGACACCACUGAAAAGAGAAUUGAUAAUAGACAUAACAAAGACAUUUUUAAACAUAUAAAAUCUGAAAGACUUUACCAUCAGCAGACCCACUACAAGAAAAAGGACAUCCAUCAGGUAGAAGGAAAUAGCAAAUGGAAACCUGGAUUUGCACAAAGGAAUGGUAACAACAUGAGUAAAUAUAUAAGAAUUAUUUUUUAAACCUCUUUAAAAGAUAAUUGCUUAAACAAAAAUAGUAAAGGAGUGUGGGAUUUAUAACAUGUAAAAGUAAAAUGGAUGACAAUGGCAUAAAGACCAGGAGGGGAGAAAUAAGUAUACUAGUGUAAAGUUAUUAUACUAUAUGUGAAGUGAUACCACUUGAAGGUAGACUGUGAUAAGUAAAAGGUGGAUACUAUCAACCCUUAAGCAACCAUUAACAAAACACAAAGUUGUAGCUAGUAAACCAACAGAGGAGAUAAAAUAGAAUCAUGAAAAAUACUUUAUCGGGCCCAGAAGAGCCAAAACGAUCUUGAAAAA